AUGUACCGCGGCGAUCCACUGGCUCAGCCGGGAGAGAUGCGAAAUGCAGUCUGUUCCUUAGAGCUGGGCUCGACUGAUCAUGAAGCUAUAAGGUACUUCCGAAAGACGGUUGCUACGAUUUACCACACUAAAAACCCCGAGUUCUCGGUUUACGCGAUAAUAUUUGACAUCGCGAAGGACAAUGUAAUGGUCAUGCACCUGGUACUCGCUCUCGGAGGUCGUGAAACUGAGUUUCGUCGGAAUACUAUCACUGGUCGGGAUGAUGAUAGAGGACCGGAAAGCCCUUUACAACACUAUUGUGCAGCGCUUCGCCUUGUAUCAGAGUCAAUGGAAGUGCAACAAAGAGGACUGGGCGACCUGGAGGCUUUGUGUUCCGCCCUGUUCUUGAUGCUCAUGUAUGAGCAAAAUUCGGCGAUGCUGUAG